AUGCCGCUCGUCAUGCCCGCCGCUGGCGUGCCGUCGGCGCAGGUGCCGAGCCACGCGCACGACGAACUGCUAGGCCGACUCAUGCGGCUGUACCGUGCGCUGUGCGUGCGCCACGAUGAGGUGGGGCAGGAAAUGGUCCUCAACGACAUCCUCGCGCUGUUGACGCGCCACCACCAGCAUGACAUGGCGGAGAGCGUCAUCGCCACGUGCGAGAUCAGCAUGCCUCACCGCUCCAAUAACCAGGCGGCGCGCUACUUCUACUACGUCGGACUUACGCGGGCACUGCGGCUGGAGUACGUGGACGCAAACCAGUGCCUACAGCAGGCGCUGCGCAAGGCCCCCGAGCGCGCCUUCGGCUUCCGCGUUGCGGCGACGAAGCUGGCGCUGGUGGUGCAGCUGCUGCUGGGUGAGAUUCCACCCCGCUCGGACUUCCUGCAGAAGGACAUGCGGGAUUCCCUCUCGCCGUAUCUGCAGCUCGCCUCCUGCGUGCGCUUUGGGCAGUUGGGCCGCUUCAUGUCGAUCCUGCAGCAGCACCAGAGCGUCUUCGAGCACGACCGCACCUACUCCCUCAUCUUGCGCGUGCGGCAGCACGUCAUCAAGACAGGGCUGCGCCGCAUCUGCCAGGCGUACAGCCGCAUUAGCAUACCGGACGUCUGCGUUAAGCUCUCUAUGGAAAACCCUGCAGAUGCGGAGUACAUCAUUGCAAAAGCCAUCCGUGACGGCGUCAUUGACGCCGUUAUCGACCACGAGAAGCGGCAUUUGAUCAGCAGCGACACUGUUGACGUGUACUCGACGUCGGAGCCACUCUUAGCGCUGCAGCGCCGCAUUCAGUUCCUCAACGUUACACACAACGAGGCCAAGCGAUCGAUGCGCUACACCGCGGCUGACCCCGACCUCGAAGAGGAGCGGCGUAAGGUGGACCGCGAAGAGAUGGACAACGCCCUGCGCGCCGCCAUGGAGGACGAGGACAUGAACAUCGCCGACUUUGAGGAUGGCUUGCCGUAG